AUGUCACAAUACCUCGGCUGCUACGAGGAGGACCUGGCCCGGCCGCUGUUCUCGGCGUCGCCGGGGGGCUACGACCCGGCCGCGGGCGUGACGCCCGAGGCGUGCGCCCUCGCCUGCAGCCAAGUCGGCUUCGCGUACGCCGCCGUGCAGGAGGGAGGCGACUUCUGCACCUGCAGCAAAACCAAUCCCGCCAUCCUGAAGAAGAGCACCGGCUGCAACGGGACGUGCUCGACCGGCGCGGAAUGCGGCGGCGCCGUGGACCCCCACCCGCUUUCCGCCUACCUGUCCGCGUCGGACGUCGUCGUGUUCGCGGCGCUGAACGUCAGCGUCGACCGGGACCGCGCCGUCGGGGACGCGGUGACGGUCGCGGCGGCGACGGACCUGGACGCGACGGAGACGGUCGAGAAGUUCGUGGCUUACGGGGAUGGCUCUCCGAUGGUGCGACUCCCCCCGGUCGCCCCGCUCAUCCUCAUCCCUGGUGUUUAUACUCUCGCUGUGGUUGCGAUUGGUCGUGAGCCGGUGGCCGUGGCACGCGUGAGCCUCACGCCUCACGUGUCCCGAUUUCCGACGGUCUCGAUCCAUGUGACGGGCGUGGGCGGAAGCCCUAUAAAUUCCCGGGACUUCUCGUUCGUCGCUUUCGGCCGCAUGCCGAGAAUAAAAAAGUCCGACUCUCGUUAG